AUGAACCAUGACCUGUGGGGCCAAGUGCCAGAAGUGUACAACCGUGAGGCUUACACUUCGCUCCUACGGGAGUGCAUCAGUGGAAGGGCGCUAGAAAGAGGGGCACGCAUCCAUGCCCGGUUGAUAGCAAUAGAGAAAGACAAAGACACCGCUAUUGGGAACUUGCUGGUGCAAAUGUAUGCCAAGUGCGGAGAUUUGCACCGAGCAAGAAAGGCUUUCUACAGCAUAGAGCGAAGGAACAGUGUGUCAUGGACGGUGAUGCUGGCUGCCUAUAUCGAUCACGGCAAACAAGAGCAAGGACUCUGCUUGUUCCACACUAUGGACCUGGAGGGAGCCCAGGCAGACAUGGAUGCGUUCACCUUGUCAUGCGUGCUCAGCGCGUGCUCCAGCCUAGGGGCAGGCGCAGAGGGCCAGGCCAUCCAUGCUCGUCUCGUUGCGUGCGGAUACGAGCUCGACAUUCCGCUACAAAACGCCCUCGUCACCAUGUAUGCCAAGUCGGGCAGCAUUCAGGUGGCAAGGCAGGUGUUUGAGAACAUGGCCGCGAGAAACCUCAUCUCGUGGAAUGCCAUCCUUCUCGCUAACCACCACAACCGCUUCAACGUUGAGGCAUGCCUCAUCUACCUCCGCAUGAACUUGGAAGGCGUGCAGCCAAAUGCAGUGACAUUUGUAGCGGUCGUCGGUGCCUUGUCCGAGCAGGGACCGGGACUUAAAACCGUCUUAAGAGGCCGGGCGGUCCACGCGCGAGCGGCUGCGUCCGGCUUUGCCUCCCAAACCGUGCUCCAAAACGCUCUCAUCAGCAUGUACUCAAGGUGCCACUGCCUAGAAGAGGCCAGGAGAGUGUUCGACAACAUCCAAGACAAGAGCCGUGUGUCGUGGACAUCGAUCAUCUCGGCCUAUGUCCAGCACGAGCGGGGUGACGAGUCGCUGAAGAUGUUCCUGGCCAUGAACUUGGACGGCAUGCAGCCGGACGAAAUGACACUGUCUGCCCUCUGUGCUGCGUGCUGCCAGCUUGAGGAUCGAGGCCGAGGCCUGGCAGUGGGAAGGGGCGUCCAUACACGGAUCCGAGUUGCUGGCCACGACCAAAACCCCGUGGUUGGAACAGCUCUGGUGUGCAUGUACGCCCGAUGCGGCUGCCUGCUGGAGGCCGCAGCAGUCUUUAACAAGCUGACGCCCAAAGACGUGGUGUCAUGGAACGCCAUGCUCACUGCCACUGUCGAGGCUGGAGAGGCGGAAGAAGCACUCCGGCUUCACCAGCGGAUGAGAGCUGAGGGAGUGAUGCCGGAUGCGGCUACAUUUGCUGUGGUUGUAGCAGCGUGCAGCGCGCUCAAGGACGAGGCCACGUCGAGGGCCGUGCACACCGAGGUAGCUGCUCGCGGCCUCGACGGCCACCCCGUGUCCGGCACUGCUCUCGUGUGCAUGUAUGCCAAAUGCGGGCGCUUGGAUGACGCCACCACGGUGUUUGAAAGGAUGCAGCGGCACUCGGUGCUGGCUGUGGCCGCCUGGAACUCCAUCCUCGCUGCUCUUGCAAAACACGGGCACGGCGCCACGGCCGUGGAGUUUUUCAGAGUGAUGACAAUGGCGUAUGUACAACCGGAUGGGAUCACCAUCACUGUUAUGUUGCACGCUUGCAGCCACUCAGGCUUGCUUGCGACCGGUCUCGACUACUUCUUGUCUAUGUUGCAUGACUUUGGAUUGGCACCCGCUGCCGAGCAUUACGCAUGCUUGAUAGAUCUCCUAGGACGAGCAGGAGUGGGAGCCGAGGCGGAAGAAGUCAUUCGUGGCAUGCCGUUUGCGCCCGACAAUGUUGCGUGGAAAACCCUCCUGGCUUCCUGUCAAACAUCCAAGGAUGCGGGCCGGGGAUCUAGAGCCGCUAUGCAACUUAUUCGCAUGGACCCAUUGCUCCAUGACUCGUCCUACGUGCUUCUAUCUAACAUUCUCCCCGUGUAA